AUUGUUUUGUGCUAAUAUAAACUAUUCACUCUUGAAUUAAAGUACAAAAGCUAAAUGUAGGUUAUGACAUUUAGAUGCCUACAUAGCUGCAUGCCAAAUUGGUGCUUUGUGGUCCAUUCUUGAAGUGUCGUCCAACCUGAAUUAUGUUUACAGCCUGGGGUGUGGGGUGAACCAGGAGCUCAAACACAAACACAACACCACAUCAUAGUAACAGUCCUUAGAGACCAUAGGCCACCACAUUUUACUCUUGGGUAAAGCUAAAGUGCAUUAGGUAAACCUACACAACCCCUAGGUAUAUGUAACAAGAUAAUCUAUCAUCCCUGGCAUGAACAUGAAGGGGGUAUUUUUUGGAUGUACUGAAGAAAACAGUACUGUCAGUAUACUCAUUUAGACUACAUCUAAAAGCAACAAGCCUAUCUCGUCUAUUUACCUGGUUGCUGUGGGGAUCUAGUACCUGGUGAGUACAGAACAAAGGCAAAAGUGAACACCCUAUGAAACAGCUUCUGUUUAGCUUGCUGAGGUAGAAAGCUUACAGAGGGCAGGUGGAUUAACAUGCUUCACAGACACUUGUGAGGAUAUCACACACCAUUCCGCUUAUUCAACAGCCAUGUCCUCAACCAAAACCACAGUCAACCCAUAUGCUGUUGAGGUCAUCAAGACAAAGAAAGAGGAGCUGGUGGGAGGUAUUUUGAACACUGAGGAAUUACUAGACCUUCUCGUUGACCAUGGCAUCAUCUCACAUGACCAGAGGCUCCUCGUGUCCAGCAUCCAAACACAGGAGGAGAGGAACUCCAAACUGCUGGACGUUCUCAUCUCUCGUGGCGAGCGGGCGUGUAGGAUCUUCUUUUACCCCUGUUUGAAAAGGGCUGAGCCUGACCUGUACCAGAACAUGAGAGCCUAUGCUGGGAGCGUGAAUGAAGACAUCCGUGAUGCCCGCAGACAGCUGAUUGGAUACUUACUGGAGAGAGACCAUCAAAGGCCAUUUGCAGCGGCAAACACACAAAACUCAACGUUUAAAAAAACCUCCCUUAAAACAUCUUCAAAAGUCAGCAAAAAGCACGAGGCAAAAAAUGCUGAGAUGAAAGAAUGGGAGCCUUUAGAACCUGAGCAACAACCCAGUCACAUCUUUACAGCUAUUGCCAAUGGAGAUCUCAGCCUCCUGGAGGAGUUUUUAGUUGGCAAAGAUGUGAACUCCAUCAGGCAGGGCUCUGACAGCCUUCUACAUGUUGCUGCUGAGCAUGGUCUCCUGUCAAUCAUAGAACUCCUCCUGCAGAGUGGGGCCAAAUUGGACGCUAGGGACCAUCAGGGCCGCACCGCCCUUCACAGAGCAGCAGGGAAGGGCCAUACCGCCGCUGCAAUGUCACUUGUAAUGGCAGGGGCCGACAUCUACAUUUGUGACAAUGUUUCAAAGAGUCCUCUUCACCUAGCAGCACAAAAUGGCUACCAGGACACUGUGCAGGCCCUAGUGAAGGAGGAGUGCAGGUAUCUAAAGAAGCACACCACAUUUCUCCACAUGGCGGCAGUGCAGGAUGACUCUGAGUUGGCUGAAGUGCUACUGAGGGCAGGGGCAGAGGUGGAUUGUAAAGACAGCUGCAGGAAAACGCCACUGUGUUACGCUGUCAGCCGUGGGAAUGAGAGAACAGUCGCAGUGCUUCUGCAGGCAGGUGCCCAGGUGGACUCUGAUGCUAUGGCCAGUGCAUUUGACCUGAACAGUAAGUCCAUGCUGAGACUCCUGCUUCAGAAUGCUCCUGGGCAAAUGACAGCGGAAUCCAUUCAUUCUGCACUGUUCAGAGCUGUGGAGAGGAAUCUGGGUGGGAUAAUCACAGCUCUUAUAGACAGUGGGGCUGAUGUCAACACCCAGAACAACCAAGGCUACACUCCUUUGCUUCUAGCUGCUGAGCUGGGAAACGUGGAGGCUUUCAAGGCCUUGGUGGGCAAAAAAGCUAACCUGGAGGGAAGACUGUCUAACUCAACAACUGCCUUACACCUGGCUGUUCAGUCUGGUAAUGUGACCAUAACACAGGUGCUCCUAGAGAUGGGGAUUGAACCAAACAUUACCGGACCUAGAGACCAGACUCCCUUGCACAUGGCUGCCAUGCAUAACCAGUCUGCACUGGUUGGCCUGCUGCUGCGUGCCGGGGCUCAGGUGAACGCUAUCACUCAAGAUGGACACACUGCACUCCACCUCGCUAGCCAGAGAGGCCACUCAGAGGUGGUGACCCAGCUGGUGAGGGUCAAGGCUGACCUCAGCGUGCGGGACAAGGAGGGGAGGGGUGCUUUGCACUGGGCAGCUGCCCAGGGAGAGGCCUCUGUGAUCAAGCUGCUUCUCUCAGCCGGAGCAGACGUCAGUGCUACGGAGAAGGAGAAGAAGACCCCGCUGCACAUGGCAGCUAUGGAGGGAAAGGCUGAGGCUGUGUCUUCUCUGCUGCUGCAGGGUAAAGCCAAAGUGGAGGCUAAAGACAUGGAUGGCUGCACCUCUCUUCAUUAUGCUGCAGCCAACGGACACAUAGAGGCCGCGACAGCUCUACUAUCUUCUGGGAAAAUCAAAAGUGUGGACAGCAAGAACACCUGGAGAAGGACCCCUCUACACGCUGCCUCCGAGCAGGGCCAAGAGGCACUAAUGGAGCUGCUUCUCAGUGCUGGUGCCAAGAUCAACGCUACAGACAGCAACAAGGACACGCCACUUCACUGUGCCUGCCGUACAGGGCACCUGGGCAUUGUGCAAAGGCUCGUAAACUGGGCACACAAGGAGAAGGCAAACUUGCAUGCCAUCAAUAAUGUGAAGAAAACUCCCUUACAAGUGGCUGAAGCUGGGGAUACAUUAAAUCACACACACAUUGUUACUCUGCUGAAGAAGAAGAUGUUUUUGAUGAAAUGAAGAGUUGUGGACAAUAUCUAUGCAUCAGCUAGUUGAAAUUGUGUAUGUAUGUGCACUUUGCUUUUUAACUGGUCAACUGCAAUGAAAUGUAAAAAAAAAAAAA